UUACAAAAUGAUCGACAAUAUACACAUGUAAUUCGAGCUUUAUUAACCACAGUUAAGAUAAGUAGUGAUAAGAAGAAUGUCUAGAUACAUAUUUUAAUACAUUAAAUAUACGUAUGUAUAUGAAGGACGGAUAUACACUUGUCUAGAGAGGUUAAUUUUGAGAACAUCCCUAGCCUUCGUUGGGCGUUCUACGUAAACAAUAAGUACGGCAGUGCCAGUAGUGCAGGGUCGGAGUAUUGUGUACCAUGGAUGAGCGAGACAAUGACACCUGUCAGUUUUGUUACGAUAGAGUUAUCUUUCGCUGCACGCCCUGCAAGAUAACCCUCUGUAAAGACUGCGUGGCUGUCCAUAUCAAAAUGAACUCCGGAGACUCCCACAAAAUUGUUUUGUUUGAGGAUAUUAGAGAGGAAACGACACGGCAGUUACUGACCAGGGGAAUAGUUACGAGCGGGUUUGACAGUUUGAAUGACGUGAGCUACAAAGAGAAUGGAAUGUUAUACGUCUGUUCGGAAAAAUACAAAACGAUUAAGCUGCUGAAUCUCUCUGGUAGGAAUAUCACCUCAUUUGAUGCUAGUAAGAACCCCCUCUGCGUCACAUCAACUUCAAAUGGUGUGCUUUAUACGGAGUUCGGUAUACGAGCAGUCAUGUUUUAUUCUAAGGGGCGCAUUCAACAUCUAUUUUCUACUGGGGACUGGCAACCGCAAGGUAUAAUCACAUCUCAAACAGGUAAUAUUUUACUAACUCUUCGCCGAAAGAGUCAAGCGAAGCUGGUUACAUACAGGCCGCAUGGGUAUAUUAACAGCGAAAUACAAUUUCACAACAAGGAACAACUAUUUUCUGAUCCAUGGUAUAUAGUAGAAAGUCCGAGAGGUAAUAUAUGUGUCUCCGACCAAGGAAGAAAUGCGGUGAUAUGUGUAAGUAGCAAUGGUGAACUGAUAUUUCAAUAUUCCAGAAAAGGAAGUUCGUUUUAUCCACGUGGAGUAUGCGCAGAUGCAACUUCCCAUUUUGUUGUUGCUGACCCCUGGAAUAACAAACUUCACUAUAUCUCUGCAUGUGGGGAAUUGAUUUGUUAUCUUCAGUACGACGCCAUGGACAGUCCGAUGAGUAUCUCAACUGUUACUGAUAAACCAAACUGUUUUCUUAUUUGUGAAGUCAGUGGUCUUAUUUAUGACAUAGAAAUGUAAAACAUUUUGAUUUCUUUCAUUCAUCCUCUCUGUCUGAUAAAAGAAAAAAACUCAUAAAGAACAAAACUGAAAUUUCCAGUCCAUUAUACCUGUUUACUAGGACUGUAUGAUAGGGCUGUACACGAGGGGAGUACACUACAGGGGCGGAUCCAGGGAUUGCGGUUAGGGGGAGGCGCAACUUUGUGAGGCAGGGGGUCUGGUAAUCUCAGCGAAAUUCGUUCGAGGCUGGAUAUUUGGACUAGCACCUCUUCCGAAUCUCAGACCUGUGUCGCAUAAAAUGAUUCGGGAACCUUGCCUGAACUUCGGCUGCUUGAUGCGAUUAAAAUUAAAUGUUGUAAUAGAGUGAUAUUGGGGUAUAAUGAAUAAAUUUUGCUAUAGAUAUA